GUUUGCAUCGUGAUCCUCUGUCUCCCCCCAUGUAUAUGGCUACUAUCUCUUCAACCUUUUGGAUCAGGGCAAAAUACCUUCAAUCCCUUUGGGUUCAUCCAACAUAACCUCGGACAGAGUUAUAGUAACUCGACCGGCAGAGAUUAUUGUUCACUGAUGUUAAAUAUCAUUGUUGAAUCGGGUUCCUCGAGUAUUCAUCAUUCAUAAUCUCUUGAACAUGCACAUUAGUCUGUAAAUGUCCCAUAUAUUGCCCGCGCUCUGUUUGUCGACACUGUGCCUGCUUGAUCAGCUGGAUUACAAAUCUGAGAAUUGUAAUUUGUCCUCCAACCUGAUUCCAGAAUUGGCGUUUUGUCAUAAAGGAAGAAGCAGAAGCUGCACUAUAAAAUGUCCCGCUUACGGACUGAGACAUCUUUCACUCAAGAACAAGUGUGAGGAUCCGGACCUAACAGUUAAUAUACAGUGCUGUGCCAAGAACUCGAAAACUCACUGGUUGGUGAUGUGGGCAAUGACCCUCAAUAUAGAGACUCUCAGACUUUUCACGCGGUCCUAUGUCAUCCUUGGCCUUCCCAAUCUGGUAGUUGACAGGCAACCAUGAGAUACUGACAUCUCCUACACAGCCUGAUAAAAGGAGACAUACAGCCAUUUCCUUUCUCACAAGCCCGAAAGACAUCUUUGGAUCCCCAUGAUUGUAACC